CGAGACAUUGGAACAGGCAUUUGGCUCUCAUAGCAUUCAAUGCUAUCGCGAGUGAGCAUAUCCUUAGCGGACUGGCAUUUGAGGUUUGGUUUUGGCACUGCCUUUGCCUUAAAGCCACUACACAUUUGCUGUGCAUUCAGUCAGCGAUGCCUACAGAGACUCUUAGGUUCCUUGACAUAAAUAAGCUACUGGUGCCUAAGAUUAUGUCGAUCAUCACUUAUUUCUCAAUAUCUAUCGCUAUCUUAUCGUUUAGUACGGGAAGUGCACUCCAAUCGGCAUCACAUCCAACACUUAGAGGUGAUUCAAUAAAAUGUCAAAACGAAGGCCAGAGUGUGAGGGUUUCGCUGUUGGCGGACGACCCGUGUUUAUCAUGCAAGUGCUUCAACCAGGAGAUUGUGUGUCAGCGCGAGGUCUGCACCAACUAUAAGGGCUGUUAUCUAUUGCAUUACGGGAGGAACAGAACGUGUUGCGAUGUGUGCAAAGGGUGUCAAUAUAAGGGCCACUACUAUAAAAGUGGCGAAACUUUUGCCGACGCCAACGACGAGUGCAAGUCAUUGGUCUGCAAUUCCGGUGUAAUCACCGAAUAUAGCACUUAUUGUCACAUUCCGUGCGAUAACCCCAUUAAGAUAACCGGCCACUGCUGCCCGUCGUGCGAGAAAUGCGAGCCCUUCCGUGAGGGACAGCCCAUUGUCAGCCCCUACAACAUCACCGAUCCGUGCAUUAAGUGCGAGUGUGUCAAAGGGCACACCAUCUGCAGCAAACACGCCUGUCCUGUGCUGCCCUGUCCGGAGUCCAAGUGGUAUACACCGAAAAACGAGUGCUGCCCCAUAUGCAAGGGUCACAGAAAAGUUCAAGACUUCGAGGGGAACUGUAUUAUGAAGCUAUCCGUCCAUAGAGAAGGGCAUACCUACGCGUACGAUCACUGUACUAAUUGUGACACGACAAAUAUCUGCGAGCGACAGGUGUGUCCACCGCUGGCGUGUUCGCCAUCCAAUCAGAUGACAGAACUGGGAGAGUGUUGUCCCAAAUGUCACGAACCACAAGAAGCGCAGACUACCUGUUCCUUCAGAGGCAAAGAAUAUAAAUCGGGAGACCACUGGAAGCAUAAUAACUGUCACCAGUGCUCGUGUGUGAACGGGGAGGUCAUGUGUAAGGCCGAGACCUGCGACAAAGAACUCAUUUGUCCGAAUCGCUACAAACUGACUCGUCUUAACGGCGACUGUUGCAGCUCAUGUGUUGAGGACGACGCGAUUUGCAGAAUAACUACAAAUUUGACGAAUUAUUCCACUUUUGAUGGAAAGGAGUACUCGUUUAACGGCAAAUGUAACUACAUAUUGGCCAGGGAUUGCAAAAGCAAGUCCUUCUCCGUGCACAUCGUCAAUAAGUAUCAAAACCAGAGCAUCGCCUCUGAGAUGAGAAACAACUCGUUCUUCAGCGGGACGUCAGUUAUGAUCAAAAUCGAUGACAUCAAAGUCCGUUUGGGACAGGCGUUCAGAGUGACCGUCGGACGCAAAAGAGUACGUUUGCCGCACAUUAGGUUAGGAAUCCUUUCCAUUGUGAAGGACGCCAACAAAGUGGUCAUCAGAGCUACCAUUGUGAUUUGGGAGUCCGGAAACGCGAUUGAAAUCAUAGUUCCGCCAGAAUUCAAGUCGAGAACAUGUGGUCUCUGCGGAAAUUAUAACAAUAACCCAAACGACGACUUUAUCACUAAAAGAGGCAAAAUAUACACUGAAAUUGAAAAGUUUACUCAUUCUUGGAAGGUGGGAAAGAAUGUGAUUUGCGAGAGCGCUAUGAAGUCGACGAAAGCCAUGAAAGAGCAAAUGAGAUGCAAUUUCCGAGAUUGGGAGCAGAGAUACAACGCGAUCAAUGUGUGCAAUAUACUCAAGUCGGCGCUAUUCAGACAAUGCCAUACAUCCAUCAGUAUUACUACCUUUUUUGGGAAGUGCUUAUCCGAUGUGUGUUCGUGCCAUAAGAAUAAGGUUUGCCACUGCAAUGCCAUCCAGUCCUAUGCGACCCAAUGCCAAAAGUUAGGCUUUUAUAGUCAACACUGGAAAAAGAAGACUCUUUGCGAAGCAAUGAAGUGUCCGACCGGCUCGACAUUCUCGACGUGCACCUCCAUGUGUAAGCGGACGUGUCAUACCAGCCACCACAGCGAUGACAACUGUCAGCAACGCAAGUGUCGGCCCGGGUGUCUGUGCCCUAUCGGCCAGGUGUGGCACAAUGGCAAAUGCAUUUACAAGCAGUUAUGUCCCAAGAAUCUCAACUCAAACUCGACGCUAGAAUCGACAGAAUUUCUGAAUCACGAGAAUAUACUGAAAGACCAAUCGGUUGCUGAGAACUAAUGGAAAGAAUAAUUUAUUUAUACUACAAAAAAGGCCAAUAAUUUGUAUAUUUUUGUAAAAAACAAAUUAUUAUAUUUGCGCUGUAUUUCAGUCUAACUAGUCUCCUAUGAUUAUAUGUACAAAAUAUUUGAAUUCAUAUCAAUUCUCAUCACAUAAACGCUCAUCAGAUGGUCAGUCCCUCGCCGGGCAAUCAUUUUAUAUGCAUUCAUCAUAUUAUUGAUAUUUAUAUGGAUAUAAAUUUAUAAAAUUGUUAAAUAUAUUAACAUUAACACCAAUACUCCAUUUAUAAGUUUAUUAAAACUUCAAAUUCAAAUCAAAUCUUUCUAUUCUUAAUGAAACAUGAAAUGAAAAUUCCGAGAAAAUAAAAUUCAUUAUUUUCCCAAUGGGUUGCA